GGGCCCGUCGCUGGCGGGCGGCAGGACCUGCACAACCGCCGCCCCGAGCCGCAGCCGCCGCCAGCCGGAGUGGGACGUUUCGUCGUCCGGAAAUGAUGGAGAAGGAGUGACUGUGGCGGCGGUGGGACAGCGGGUGUGAGUGCCAGGGUCGCGUGUUAGUUUUGUUGGAGGGGGGUGCAGGCACUCUGUUACUCGGGGAGAGAGCUGGCAGAUGUCCCAAGUGAGAGAGCCUCUUCCUCCGGGGCCUGGAGGGCCAGAGCAAGCUCCGACUGAAAACAGCUCUUUGAUCUCGCUCCCUCGAGGAAAAACUGACCAAGAGACUACUGUGACAGGAGAUAAAGACAUAAACCAGCCUUGCAGUAAUCAAAGUAUACAAGCAGAGAUACAAGAGCAGUCCAUCUGGGGAAAUCGCACUGAUGGUGACCUCAUCAGAACACAACCUCAACGUUUGCCUCAACCAAAUACUUCAGCACUGGAAAGGAGUGAGGAAGAAAGUGGCAAAAUCCAAAAUGGCCAUGUGGGUCUGAGUAAGGGAAGUGGAAUUCACAACGGGGUCAAGCACAUGCCUGCAGACAACAGAAAGCUUUCGGCUCCCGUUUCAGAAAAAAUGCACAGGAAAAUUCAGUCCACCUUGUCUGUCAACAGCAACAGCAGCAAGAAGAGUAAAAUAAGCUCUGCAUUUUCUCAAAAGCCAGGUACUUCACCAGAAGAUUGCUGUGUUCACUGUAUCCUGGCUUGCUUGUUCUGUGAAUUUCUCACCCUCUGUAACAUUGUUCUGGGACAAGCAUCCUGUGGCAUCUGCACGUCAGAAGCCUGCUGCUGUUGCUGCGGGGAUGAGAUGGGGGAUGACUGUAACUGCCCGUGUGAUAUGGACUGUGGCAUAAUGGACGCAUGUUGUGAAUCUUCAGAUUGCUUGGAGAUCUGCAUGGAAUGCUGUGGGAUCUGCUUCCCAUCAUGAAAUAUUUAUCCCUUUCUAUUUUAUUCUCUAUAAAACUGGAGAGCUUUUCUUUAAAUACAUUUGAAGAAAGACAAGGUAAGAUUUUCACACUUGCACUGUUAAUUCCCUUUAUAUAAAUAUUUUUUUAAAAAGCAAUCCUCAAAUCUGUAUUCUAACACCAAAUGUAUAGUUUUGUAUGUGAGACUAAAGCUACAUUCCAUCUUCCUUUUGGCUUUGCAAAUGGAAGAGUUUAUUGAAAGUGAAUUAUAGGCCUGAUACUGCAGGCCAUAUGAAGGCAAAAUUGCUGUUUGAAUCAAGUGAUAGGUUUUGGCCAGAGAACAGACUGCAAGGCAAAGCCUUAAGUAUUUGCCUUUACCUACUUUAGUGUUUAAACACUCAAAUGCCUGCACACAUUUACAGGCAUUCUGAAAAUCAAAAUGUCUUUAUUUCUCUCUCUUUGGGCUGAAAGCAACUUUGCUCUAUUGUUUUAAACUUAAUUCAAAAGCCAGCAUCAGAAAUCUACCAUUGGUUUUGCUACAGUGGUCAUGUUGGCAAUAUGUCCUUUGUUUUGAAUAUGUAAUUGAUUAGAGAGCAAUUCCUGGUAUUCCAUUGCUGAGAUUAUCUGACAAACUAAAGUGAAAUAUAAUUUUUGCCCUGGACUAGAAGAGUACCAGGAUUUCUUUGUUAUCAAUCAAGACAGAAUAGAGAACUUAUCAUUUUACUUCAGUACUAUUAUUACUUGAAAUGCUUCGUCUCAGAAAGAGACUUUGGAAAUCUGUGUAGACAUGAAAUAUAUCCUUAGAGUAACAAACUGAUAGACUAACAAAUCUUCAAAGUUUGUCUAUAACAGGAAAAUUAUUA